UCACAUUUCCUCAAACCCUAAUUUUCUCACUUUUCUUUAAACCCUAAUUCACUCACUCACGCAAACCAAACAUGCCUUCAAUCCCUGAAGAGCCUCUACUCGCCCCAAACCCAGACCGCUUCUGCAUGUUCCCAAUCCAAUACCCCCAAAUCUGGGAAAUGUACAAAAAAGCCGAGGCCUCAUUCUGGACAGCAGAAGAAGUAGACCUCUCACAAGACCACCGUCAAUGGGAAACCCUAACCGACGGCGAACGCCACUUCAUCACUCACGUCCUCGCCUUCUUCGCCGCUUCAGACGGCAUCGUCCUCGAAAACCUCGCCGGCCGAUUCAUGAAGGAAGUCCAGAUCGCCGAGGCGCGUGCGUUCUACGGCUUUCAAAUCGCCAUUGAAAACAUCCACUCCGAGAUGUACAGUCUGUUACUCGAAUCCUACAUCAAAGAUUCCACUGAAAAGAAUCGUCUAUUUCGCGCGAUUGAAACCAUCCCCUGCAUCCAGAAGAAAGCCAAUUGGGCGCUGAAAUGGAUCGACGGAUCCGAAUCGUUUGCAGAGCGGAUCAUUGCUUUUGCCUGCGUCGAAGGAAUAUUCUUCUCAGGAAGCUUCUGUGCGAUAUUCUGGCUGAAAAAGCGCGGGUUAAUGCCGGGACUGACAUUCUCAAACGAAUUAAUCUCACGAGAUGAAGGUUUACACUGCGAUUUCGCGUGCUUGAUCUACAGUUUGUUGAAGAUGAAGCUAACCGAGGAGCGAGUGAAGGCGAUUGUGGCGGAUGCGGUGGAGAUUGAGCGGGAGUUUGUGUGUGAUGCGUUGCCGUGUGGGUUGGUGGGGAUGAAUGGGGGUUUGAUGAGUACGUACAUAGAGUUUGUGGCGGAUCGGUUGUUGAAUGCGUUGGGGUAUGGGAAGUUGUAUGAUGUGCAGAACCCGUUUGAUUGGAUGGAGUUGAUAUCGUUGCAGGGGAAGACGAAUUUUUUUGAGAAGAGGGUUGGGGAGUAUCAGAAGGCUUCUGUGAUGUCGAAUUUGAAUGGGGGUGUGGAUAAUCAUGUCUUUAAGAUGGAUGAUGAUUUUUAAAUUAGGGGUUAAUUGAAAUUGAUGUUGUUUACACAUUUACCGCAUGUUAUUGUUGGUUUAUUGUAAUGGUACCUUGUUUAGUUGAUAUGUUACUUACAAUUUAGUUUAUAUGUUA